AUGGACCCAAAGCAUAUUAGGGACCCCGGGUUUCUUGAAAGGCAAUAUAUUUGUCGCAAUACCAACAAAUACUGGACCAAUUUUAAUAUCGUAGCUAAGUAUAACCAAAAAGUUGACGCUCAAUUGCUUUCUCGCGCCUUGAGGAAGUUAUGCUUAAGUGACCUUUGGUUAGUCCUAAACUUCUUUAGAAAGUACGGUGAUCACGCAGAUGAUCAUAAUCUCAAUGGAGUUAAUUUUGAGGUUAGACCUGUUAAGCAAUUUAAAUUUGAAGAUGUAGUAUCUUUCGAGCAUAUCCCUAGUUUCGAUGGAACUUUUCUCGAAAAAGUCAAUGAACUAGUAUGUCCUAUGAACACAGAAUUACCUCUCUGGAGAAUCAUAGUAGUCAGUACCGAUGCAAAUGAGCAAUACAUUUGUAUCUAUUUCGACCAUUCGAUAUUUGAUGGAACAGCUGGUGUACACUUCCAAAGAUUUCUUAUCGACCAGCUUAAUAAAAUACACGAAGGAAAUGACACCGAAGUGGUAUCAGAGGAGUAUAUGUUCAACUACGUGGAAGAUAUUGAUAGAAUUGAUGCUAUUGUUCCCAGUGCUAAGGAAAAUACAAAUAGCCUUUUCCAAACUUCGAUAUUCUAUAGGGUAAACGAGUUCCUCAAACAGUUAUGGAAGAGAGUCCGUCGCUAUUUGCCGUUCCAGUCCAAGAGCUCGACACUAACUUUCAGUCACAAUGUGGUAACCCGAAACAUGUCUGCUAAAUACCGAACAGUGACUAUACCCUCAAGCGAUGUGGGGCAAGUGCUAAAAUUUUGUAAGGGUAAUGGGUUCACAAUGACCCCAUUAAUUAAUGUGAUUGCGUUGAAAGCACUUGAAGGAAGUCUUUUCAAAGGCUUGGGAUUACAUCAGAAUCGAUUUCCUUCUACUAUUUCGUGUCUACCAAUCAAUGGGCGUAAAUUCGUCAACAAUCCCUCAAAACUAGGUGUUUACGUCGGAUACGACUUCUUUCAGUUUCCUAGCCCUAUUUCCAAUCUUGUCACAUUCUCCCAAGACUUGUACGGCAUGCUAAAUCGAACUAUCAGGUCCAAAUCGUGUUUCAGUCUUGUAGGGAUGUAUAAACAUGUAAACAUAUGGGACACCUAUAAGUCAAAAUUGGGCAAAAAGGAUGGAAGAGCUACAAUUGCAAUUUCGAAUCUUGGAAGAAUGGAGCAAAUUCCCAGCUCCGGAAGUGAAGACGAGAAAUUUUGGCAGAUAGAAGAUAUAUGGUUUUCUCUGUGUAUGGGUCUUGUACUCCAUAGCAUGAUUUACUGUAUAACUUGUGCCAAUGGUAACUUAAAUCUUGUCUUUGGGUUUUUGCCGGAGUAUGAAUUGUACUUAGACAAGUUUGUGCUGGAAUUCAGGCGCAUAUUAGAUAAUGAGGUGCUCAGCAAGUGA